AUGGCCAACAACAACUCCCUCGAGAAGCUCAUCAACGGCUUCUAUGGAGUUCCGCUGCCGCCACGACUUCCGCCCGCACCAAUCAAGCGUAUCUCCGACAUCGCAUGGAGAGGUGACGGAGUGGAUCCGUUUUUCUAUGGAGGCAGACUCUCAACAGAAGCGCCGGAUCAGAUGCAAUCCAAGAAGAUCUGUCGUCGUCGCACAGACCUCGAGUACCUUCGCCAUGGGCAUCUUGACUACUGGGACCUUGCCGUCGUAAUCAGCCCGAAGUCCAAUGAGAAGGACUGGAUUGAACGAAGGGGAGCAAUGAAGCAGGAAUGGUCCAUCAUGCAUGGCAAGCUAGCCGGUAAGCAGUCUUUCAUUGCCAUGACUCUCGAGGCUGAUAUUUCGCUCUGCAACGUCAAGAUGAGCACUCACGAUUACCACUAG